AUGACAAGCUUAGAAACAGCCUCCAUCCCGCCGAAUAUUGCGGCACAACUACCCAAUGUAAACUUCGGCUUCGACGAGCUCAAGGAGCGGAUGGCAAAAUUUACAGCAGCAUUUGAUGAUUUCAUUGAGAAGAGACGGGAGAAGGCUUUAGAAGCUCGGACGGCAUUUGCAAGGGACUUGGCGGAUUUGAAUGAGAACCAAAAAACGGUGAAGAAGAAUAUUGAACAUUAUGAACAAGAGGAGAUCAAGAUCGCUGCCAAUACGGAGAAAGAAAUCCAGGAAACAGCAGACCUUGAAUCCGAAAUAACCACAAUAAAAUCCGAGCGUUCCUCCCGACAAUCCGAAAACGAAACUUUAUCUUCCCAACUUCGCGAACAAUCCACAGCUAUCCAAAAACGUCGUCAAAAGCUUCUCGAGGAAAAACAAGCCCUAGCAAGUCAAGCAAACCAUAACCAACCGGAAUUGGCCUUCUGGGAGGACUAUUUGGGGCUAAGGAUUGAAGGAGCAGGGAGGCUAGAUCAUGUUAGGUUCAUAUUUACGGUCAUCGAUGAACGGGAUCUGGAAAGGGAAUUUGAGGUUGUGCUCAGUGUUGAGAGUAGGGAUUAUGAGAUUAUUGGGGCGAGGCCAAAGCUAGAUGAAGCGACGAGACAGAGGUGCUUGGAUACCUUGAAUGAGACGAGGAGUAUUGCGAAGUUUUUGAAAAUAGUGAGGGAGGAGUUCAGGAAAAUUGCUAAGCAGUAG